GGAGCGGAUUUCCCCUGGGGGCAUCACUGCCAAAGAAAACCCCAGUCAGAAGCUGGAGGAUUUACCCGUGGGAGAACGGUCCCGUCCACGGCCGCCUCCUCCCCACCACCCCCCUCACCACGGCCCCCGGGGAGAGGGGCCGGGCUCCGCACGCCCCUCGGGGUGGGCUGGGGGGGCGGCCGCCCUAUAUAUUGCAAAGCAGCUCGGGGCCUUGCUCCCCAUUGCCGGGUGCUGCCGCUGCUCUCGUUCCCCUUUUCCCCUUCCCCUCCCUCUCCCUUCCCCCUUCGGCGGGGGGCUCUUUCUCCUUCCGCCCCCCCCGCUUUACCCCUCACCCCUCCGGCCGUAUAUGAACGCGGCCGGCUUCCCCUGCCUGCGAGGCAUGUGCACGCUGCCGGCGGCCGGCCCCGCCGCUUCGGCCAGCCCCGGCUCCCCUGGUCCACCCCGGGGCUCUUCCCCAGCCGCCCAGGUGAAGCCGGAGCCGCGAGGUACCGGGAGCAGCCCCCCGCUGCCUCCUCCUCCGCCUCCCGAGGAGCCGCCGCCUCCCGCUGGGGGCCGCCGGAGGAAGAGGCCGGUGCAGCGGGGCAAGCCACCCUACUCCUACAUCGCCCUCAUUGCCAUGGCCAUAGCCAACGCCGCCGAAAGGAAGCUCACGCUGGGCGGCAUCUACCGCUUCAUCACCGAGCGCUUCCCCUUCUACCGCGACAGCCCGCGCAAGUGGCAGAACAGCAUCCGCCACAACCUCACCCUCAAUGAUUGCUUCGUCAAGAUCCCCCGUGAGCCCGGCCACCCUGGGAAAGGCAACUACUGGACCCUGGAUCCUGCUGCUGAGGAUAUGUUUGAUAACGGCAGCUUCCUGCGCCGGAGGAAACGCUUCAAGCGCACCGACAUCACCACCUACCCCGGCUACAUGCAGAACUCCAGCGCCUUCACCCCACCACCCACCGUCCGCCCGGUGGCUCCCACUGCCCCUUACCCAAAUGCCCUCUGCUCUCCUGCCUACAGCCCACAGCUCUCGGGCACUGUUUUCCAUCCCUAUGCAACUGGGGUGGCACCGCCAGCGCAGCACUCGCGGAUGUUCAGCAUUGACAGCCUGAUCAGCGGGCAGCAGGCCCUGCAGCCCUCACCACCUGCCGAGCUGGCUCAUCCAUCACUGGGCUUAACUGGGACUGAACUAGCCCCCAGCUGCUCCGCCAGCACCUCGGAGCCUCCCUGCUUCCAACCACAGCCUGUCAGCCCUGGUUUGCUGAGCCGAGCUGGCCCCAAUGCUUUGGCAUACCCCUAUGCAGCCUCGCCACCCCAUCUACCCGUAGGGCAGGGCAGCUACUCACCUGGCAGCCCACAGCUCUAUGGGGCUCCCAACAGACUGGCGCUGCCCACUGUGCGCCCCACUGCCUGCCCUGAGCACAACGAGCAGCUGCUGGGGCUCCCUGCAUCCCCCCUCGGCCAGUUCAGCUCCAGCAAUGCCUAUGGCAGGCAGCCCAACUUCACCGCCGGCCUGGAGCGGUACAUGUGAUGGGACCAAGGAUGGAUGCACCAAGGAGCCCAUGGAUGGAUGCUUUAAGGAUCCCGUGGAUGAACGCAUGAACUUGUCCCCAUAGUGGGAACUGAGUGGGUGGGAUGAGGGUCCUGCUCUUCGGCUGUGUGCAGACACAGCCCCAUAUACACGGUGAAAGGGACCAAAAUCUUUCACUGUUAGAAAAGACUUCUUUUUUAAAUAAAGCUUUUCCUCAUAACCUGUC